AUGACAUCCACUGGACCAACAGAUAUGGCGGAAUUUAUGAAAGAAAAUGAAUGUUCAGAGGUUCACAGACAUAAUGAGACAAACAGAUUUGCUGGGAAGAAGAUGGGUCGUGAACUGGAGGAAAUCAAGAAAACUCAUGAUUAUGAAAGGUUUUUGGAGGGAAAUAGAGAAGGUAGGUCAAAUACUACACUUCCAAGUGACGAUGAUCUUGAUGAAGGUGAAGAUGCCGGUAUGAUUCAGUCCACUCCCAGUGCUUCAGUUGCCAAAUUGAAAGAAUUGAGAAAUUCCCACUUAAGUUCGAAUGAAAGAUUAGAAUCGUUAGGUAAACAAUUGGCCCAACAGAAGGAUAUUGUGAUUGAGUUACGCAAAGAAAUUGAAGAUCUUCAAAAGACCAACCAAGAAUUGCAUAAUGGAAAGGAGAAGCUUCAAGAAGAAGUAUCAAUUGUACACCAAUUAAGAGAAGAGAAAAUGAAACUACAAAAUGAAUUGAACAAUGUCAGGGAAGAUCUAAGACAACAGAGUCAUCAGUCGGAAAACUUGGGCCUCGAAAUUGAAAAUCUACGGGAAUUUAAGACCAAACACAAAAUCCUGGUUAGAGAACUACAGAAGGUAAAAUUAUUUGACAUUACAGUGGGAGAUAUUAUUCUUGAUUUAUUUGGGGAUGAAAAUGCGCCUCUAAUCUCUUUAGAUGAAUUACUGAUGAAGAAACAUCCAGAAAUUAUACGUUUCUAUUCAACAACCGACAAGUUGGUUUUGGAAAAUCUUAAAAAGGAUUUGAAGACGUGUAGAGAGGAACUAUUCGAAAACAAGAAAACAUUCACAAAUACCAUUUCAGAACUUGUCGAUGAAAAGAAAAAACUAACUAACUCGUUUGAUACAGAAUUAUCCUAUAUCAAAGCAACUCACAAGGAGAAUGAAGAUAAAUUCUCUCAAGAGCUUUCUACUUUAAGAGAUCAGGUACAAGUCCUAGAAAGUGAUUUAUUUGCAGAAAAAGAAGAAACGAUACGGCUACAAGAGGAGAAUGAUGAUAAGAAAACGCGUAUUGCUGAACUAGAGCUUUUGGAAGGGGAUAAAGAAAAUAUGGUGGUUUUUGAUAAGGAAACGCUCACUAGGUUUGGUGUAAAUGGAGAUAUUGCCAAGUACUUAAGUCUUACUCAGGUAAAUUCUGUUGAUAGAAUCACUUUAAUAAAUACCGUGAAGCGGAUUAUGAUUUUCUUACAAAUGUCAUACACCGAUCUUCCUGAUAAGAUUCAGCGAUUGGCCGUCUAUCUACAAUACGAGAAACCUUUGCUGAGGAAGUUUGUUAAUGAAUUGCACCGAAUGGUGUUUGGAGAACCCAUUGAUUUAGUGAAUAAGGCAGCCGUUGCGUAUUCCCAAUUUUCAAAAACUGGUGAUAUGAACUCUAUCAACCAUCCACUUGAGAAGUGUUUGAACAAUUUAAUAGAUCAUGUCGCUCCAGCGUAG